AUGACGGUCGAGGAUCUAGUCCUACAACUACAUCUUAUGUUCGGAGGCGAUAUCAUAGGAGUCGAGUCGAAAAAUGAGCUUUAUGACUAUACGAUGCGCUUCAGUCCGGGCUCGCCAAUAGGUGUGAUGCACGACUGGUACCCGCUGAACACUUCUCAUUAUAACUCCGUCCAGGAGUUAAACCUGCAGAAAUCACGACUGAAGAUCCCAUUCAUACACGUGGGAGAAUGUCUUCAUGGUGUUGGGUCUUUUAAACAGUCCAUUUUCCCUCAAAGCUUGGGCUUGUCGGCGAGUUUCGAUGCUGACCUUGUAUAUCGGGUCGGCCGAGCAAUUGGAACCGAAGCUAGGUCGAUAGGGAUUCAUGCUUGCUUAUCCCCCGUUCUCGACAUCGGCCAGGAUCCGCGAUGGGGACAGGCUUGGGGUGAAGAUAAGGUGCUGACUUCGCAUCUGGGCGUCGCCUUUUCGCGCGGACUAUCUAAAAAUGGUUCUUGGUCUGAGCCGGAUGCUGUGGUGCCAGUGGUGAAGCAUUUCGCCGCCCAUGGGGCUCCGCAGUCUGGGCAUAAUACUGCCCCUUUCAUGGGUCAUGGAAAUCGGCAAGUCAUGCAGGAUCUUCUCAUGCCAUUUAAAGCUGCGAUCCAGCUUGGUGGAGCGAGAGGAGUCAUGAUGGCAUAUAACGAGCUUGACGAUAUACCGGCCCAUGUGCAUCCUAUGCUAUACCAAGCCCUUGACGACUGGGGGUUCGACGGAUUCAUCAUUGCUGAUGAUACCGGUAUGGUUGAGCUCCAAGCAGUACAUCGAGUGGCAGGUUCGCCUGCAGACGCGAUACAGCAAUGGUUUAAUGCUGGUGGGAUGGUUCAAUUUUAUGACUUUCCUUUAGAAGUCUAUCUUAAUACGACAAUAGACCUAGUUAAAAAUGGUACUGUGGAAUUAGCAACCCUACGAUCUCAUGUACGUAAGAUACUGGGUAUCAAGUGGGAUUUGGGUUUGUUUGACAACCCCCUCAUCGAAACCAAGAUCGAUCCCCUAGAAAUUGUUGAGAGCCAUCGCGACCUGACACGCGAGGCUGCUCAAAGAAGUAUUGUCCUCCUUGAGAAUAAGGACUCGACGCUGCCGUUAAGGCCUAAGGCUCGGAAUAUCUCUAAGAUCGCUCUUAUCGGUCCUUUCGCUGAUGUGCUUAACUACGGCGAUUAUUCCGGCCAAUGGGGCCAGUAUCCCGCGGAAGCAGCGCGGACAAUCCGGCAAGGAAUGUUGAGUUAUGCGAGUAACGACGAAUUUGAACUGGUUACAAGCUGGGGAACGAACACCUGGGAAUAUAACGCACAAUAUGUGAUCCCGUCGUAUCUUUUAUCAUCGAAUGGGACUAUAGGCGGUCUUUCUGUGACGUACUUUGCUAAUACCAACUUUACUCAACCUGCAGCGCAUCGAAUAGAGUUGCCAGCGCUGGAUUGGGGGCUUUAUCCCCCAGAUGGUCUAACAUCGAAUAAUUUUAGUGCCAUCUGGGAAGGCGAGCUACAAUCUCCGGUUGAUGCAGAUGUUGAUGGUUGGAUUGGAGCGGCAGUCGGCCCUAACACGACUGUUAAGCUCUUUAUAGACGGGGAUUUAAUUACAUCAAGCGGAGUUGAUGGACUGCUUGAUUCUGGUAAUAUCAUGGGUAAUAUCAUGGAAUAUGAUUAUAUUACAACUAACGCUACGUUAUCUCCUAAAGGGUCUGCGCCUUUCACUUUCAAAAAAGGGGGGAGUUAUCACAUUCGCAUCGAAUACCAGGCAUUCAACUUAUAUAAGAAAGUAGAGAACGUGAAUUCUCUCAAUUCUCAACUCAUCCUUUUUUGGAACCUCGUCAGCCGGAACGGAGAUGCCAUUGACCAAGCAGUCCAGUUAGCAAGUUCCUCGGACGUCGUGGUCCUAGCAGUCGGUGCAGCUUGGAAUAGCGACGGGGAAGGCGGAGAUAGAGGCACGCUUGGUCUUCCUCCAAGCCAAGACUUACUGGCCAAAGAGAUCUAUAAGUUGGGAAAGCCUGUCGUGCUUGUACUUCAGGGUGGUCGGCCCUUCGCAAUCGAUUAUUAUAACCAGAGCGCUGCGGUGUUGAAUACUUUCUUCCCAGGCCAAUCCGGUGGUCAAGCCAUCGCGGACGUGUUAUUCGGCACUGUUAACCCCGGCGGUCGGAUGCCGAUAACAGUGCCGAAGCACGUCGGUCAGAUCCCCGUAUAUUACAACUACAAGCCAACUGCCCAUUUAAAGAAUUAUUUAGAUGCCGAGUCAUCCCCAGCAUAUUGGUUUGGGUACGGACUAUCAUACACGACAUUUAAAGCGUCCAAGUUUGGAGCCUUAGUAAAUAGCACGGAUGCGAUAGGCUUUAAGGCUGGGGAUAUAAUUACGUUCUCGGCUCUUGUUAAAAAUAGUGGCACCGUAGCCGGAAGCUAUGUUGCGCAGGUAUACGUUCUGAGUCGCGUCUCGUCUAUCACUCAGCCGGUAAGGCAACUCGUCGCCUUCCAGCGUAUCGACAUACUACCUGGCGAGGAAGCUACGGUUUCGCUGCAGUUGGAUGUUGAUAGGUACCUUGCCAUCUUAAAUAGGAGAAACGAGUGGGAGCUGGAGAAAGGCCCGUACACUUUUGCGCUCUUAAAUCACGGCGGCGACGCGGAGACAGCUCGGAAUGUUACUUUGAACUGUAUGUAAGGCGGGGGAUCUUAGAUUGGCU